ACACCUUGUCUCUUUUCAGAAAGUCACUCAAUGUGGGCUUCAGUGAGCAGCAGCAGCGAGGAAACUAUAGAGCCCAAUUACACAAGCAUAGAGCAGCUGUUUUGCUUUCCACAACCAACCCCCAAGGAGAAAACGGCUGCACCAGUGAAAGCAGAACCGAAGGAGAUCACAUUUUUGGACUCCAAGAAAAGUCUCAAUUUGAACAUAUUUUUGAAGCAAUUUAAAUGCUCCAAUGAAGAGGUGGCUGCCAUGGUCCGGAAUGGGGACCGAACCAAAUUCGAUGUUGAGGUUCUGAAGCAGUUGUUGAAGCUUCUGCCUGAAAAGCAUGAGAUAGAAAACCUGAAAACCUUCAAAGAAGAGAAAUCAAAGCUAGCAAACGCAGAUCAGUUUUAUCUUCUCCUCCUUCAGAUUCCCAGCUACCAGCUGCGCAUUGAAUGUAUGCUGAUCUGUGAAGAGACCACUGUUGUACUAGACAUGAUUCAGCCAAAAGCUGAAGCCAUCCGGAGAGCCUGUGAAGAUCUUCUGAACAGUCAUCGCCUGCCACUCUUUUGUCAACUGAUUCUCAAAGUUGGAAACUUUCUGAACUAUGGAAGUCACACGGGCGAUGCCGAUGGGUUUAAAAUCAGCACUUUACUCAAACUAACAGAAACCAAAGCAAACCAAACUCGCAUUACGCUGCUCCACCAUAUUCUGGAGGAAGUAGAAAACAGCCACACAGACCUACUGGAACUUCCAAAGGAUCUUGAAUAUGUUUCAAAAGCAGCAGGAAUUAAUCUUGAUAUUAUACGCACGGAGUCCAGUACCAAUUUAAAGAAGUUGCUGGAGCUCCAGCGAAAAGUCUUAUCAUCAAACGACGAUGUGAAACAACAGUAUGAGAAACCCAUCCAGGAUAGUAUUGAUGCCUCCAGAAAGCUGGAAGAAGAAUUUGAAACCAUUGAAAAGAAGAGAGAAGAACUUGCAAAUUAUCUCUGUGAAGACCCAAGCAAGUUGUCAUUAGAGGAUAUAUUUAGCACCAUGAAGACCUUCAGAGAUCUCUUCAUCCGAGCCCUGAAGGAAAACAAGGACAGAAAGGAGCAAGCUGCCAAAGCAGAAAAGAGGAAGAAACAGCUGGAAGAGGAAGAGGGGAAGAGACAGAAGGGAGAAAAUGGAAAAGUCAUUAAGAAGGGGGUGGUGAAGCAGGAGGAGGUGUGCAUCAUCGAUGCACUGCUAGCCGACAUAAGGAAAGGGUUCACGCUGAGAAAGACAAAGAACAGACAUGAGUCGGAUGCAAUUCCUAAAACCUUGCCGGCAGAGAGCCUGGAGGAGAGCCAGUCUGGAAAGAGCAUUAAGCAUCCACAAGCAGCAGGAAAGCAGAUUGAUGAAGAGACGAAGCAGAACAGUCAUCCCUCAGAAAGCACGCCUCCCUCUACCCCUGCCCUGAUGGAGAUGGGCGGAGAUGUUACAGAUGCCUCAGCUUCAAACCAGGCAUUAUCUAAAAACAAUGCUGGAGGAAAUUUGCCACCAGACUCCCAGAUGGAAAGCCCCUCAGUAAGCUUGAUGGAAGCUGCUCGGGGUGAUCAGCCCAUGUCAGGUAGCAGGAUGGAGCAGGCAGACAGCUGGGCAAGCCUCCAGAUGAGCACAAAGAGUGGCUCCAUUGCCUUCUCUGCUGCUAACAUAGGCACGGGGAUAAGGUUUGUGAGCAGCAGUUCAGGCACUUCUCUGAGAGACCAACUCAGUGGGUCCAUCUCAGAAGGCCGGGACAAGGAAUGCCCAGCUGAUGGCCUGGAGAGCUCCAGGCUGUCAGAGGAGCCAGAAACCCAGCUGGGAAAGACCAGGGUCGACCCUGGCAGCACUCAGUCCGCUCCCUGUGAUGAGGCUCAUCAGGCAUAUUCAAAAGAGAUGGCAAAGGAAAAUGAAGACCCUGGUACAGACUCGCUGUUGGACACCUCUCAAGAGAAAUCCUUCUCAGAGGAGCCAGCCACUGACUCUUCUUGUUCAGCAACGCUCCCCUCAGGGCAAACUCACACUGACAGGGAAAAACAGAGGCCACCUGGGAAACGGAGGAAGAAGAAGAGGCAUAGCAAAAACUACUCAGGUGUCACGACAAGGCAGAAGAAAUAGCAGAGACCCAGUGAACUGCUCUCAUGUCCCCAGAGUGCUGCCAGCUUCUCAGAACCAGGUUCUGCAUUGCCGAAACGCCACCUCUGCCCCACCAGGACACACUGCUUCUCCUCGUGCAGCCUUCCACUCCCCUCCCCAAGAUCCAAGGAGCCUGCCUGGAGACUGUGGCCCCCUUGGCCCAUGCCUUAUGCCAGGGGCCCACAGGGAUGGGGGCCAGUUCUGUGCAUGGCAGCGUGCAAGGGUCAGGCCUCGCAUCCACUGUCCUGGAAGCCAAGUCUUUCAACCUGCUCUUAGGCCAAACUCCUCUGGAAACAACUGCUGAGUGUGGCCCAAGAAAGGACUGCAGUGUUUAGCCCUCAGAGAAAUUUUUAAAAUAGUAGUGCCUCAACUAAAUUAAGGGUAUAAAUUAAGCAGUGGCUGUACCAUCACAGGUGGAAGCGUGUUAACUCCCUCUUCUCAUCGCCCACUGACAAUUUAUAUUGGACCAGGUCCAAGACCUGGAUCAGACAAACUUAUUUUUACUCUCAGUCAUUUAAAGCAAGGGAAAUUGGGUACAGGGAAAAAAAAGAAAAAAAAAAGUAUGUAUUUUAGUAAGCAUAUGGCCAUA